GUAGGAGUAAGUUCAUCAUCUCUUUAGCACAACCACAUGGACAGUGUUGUCCAAUGCUUAGGCCACACCCACUCACAUUUUCAGGAAGUGAAAUGUGGAACUGCAACUGAAGGACAACAGAACGAGCCAACAGCUGAAAAUUUCAGGUCAUUUCUGCGCUUCAGAGAAGUAUCUCCUGCUGCCAAAAACGAGAACUGCGGGCUAAUGGCUGUAAGCAGAAUAUUAUUCUCUCUUGCCGUUUGUGUCCUGCUGGGUCAACAGACAUCUGCUAAAAAUGAUGCUCCAUGCCAGCCCUCCAGAUGGAACAAUGGCUUCAAAACUUUCAUCAAACGCCACAUUGCCUCAGGAGCUCCUUCCUCUCUAGACCAGAAUGAGUGGGAGAAGUACAUCAGGGGUCUCGGAAACUGCAACAGACCCACUCAGUCCUUCCUCAGCCCGGAAGAUUUGGAGAAGGUGAGGGCUGUGUGUACAAACGGAGGCGGAAAGGUGCUGAAGGACAACCUGUGCAUCAGCCAGAAGCCUUUUACUUUCGUCACGGUGAGAAGUGAGCAAGGAACCUGUGGCAUCAAAACCGUCAAAGAGGAAACAAAACACCUGAUCCUGGCAUGUGAAGUGUUGGACAACCAGUGCCUGCCGGUCCAUUUUGAGGGAAACCCUACAUACCUGAAGCCAAGUAACAACGCCAAAGGCUGCCAAGACCCAGAGGCAAAAGCCCACGCUCCCAGCUCCAAAACGUCAUGGCUCUGGGAUUCGGGCGGGCCAACAGUCACGCAAAGCUGCAAGCACCAAGCAGGAGUAAACACCGGCUGA